CUGAGCCAUUUCUGGAAAAUAACAAAGGAAACAUUUUCUACAACUGGGGCUAGGUUUCAGAGAGGCAGCUAUCCCUAUGCCAAUAUUCAGAUGAAUAAAUGUAAGAUUAUUGAACAAGACGGGUCCAUUGGCUGAGAAGUAAUUAUUUUGUGAUUAAAUAUUGUAUCUUUUGGACUGGGAGAACAAUGGAGACCCUGCUACCAGAAACCUGGCUACCCAAAGCGCCACAAAAAAGGCAAGUUACUGCCAUUGUUAUUCUAUUAUUAUUGUGGGAGGUGGGCUGCACGACCAUUAAGUAUUCUGUUCUAGAGGAGAGGGAAAGCAGCUUUUUUGUGGCCAAUCUAGCAAAAGAUCUGGGGCUGGGACUAGGGGAGCUCACAGCACGGGGCGCCCAGAUUGUCUCCAAAGGGAAUAAACAGCAUUUUCAGCUCCAGCAGAAGAGUGGGAAUUUGCUACUAAAAGAAAGACUGGACCGGGAGGAGUUGUGCGGUGACACAGAUCCCUGUAUACUGCAUUUCCAGGUGUUACUGAAAAGUCCAGUACAGUUUAUUCAGGGUGAGCUACAGCUCCAAGACAUAAAUGACCAUGGCCCAGAAUUUAUGGAAAAUGAAAUCAUCCUGAAGAUUUCAGAAAGUAGUCUUCCGGGGACUGCAUUUCCUUUGAAAAUAGCUCAAGAUUUAGACGUGGGCAACAACACAAUUCAGAACUACACCAUUAGCACCAACUCCCAUUUCCACCUUUUCACUCGCAGUCACAAUGGCGGCAGGAAAUACCCUGAGCUGGUGCUGAACAGAGCACUGGACCGGGAGGAGGAGCCAGAGCUCAGACUAACCCUCACUGCACUAGAUGGUGGAUCACCACCAAGAAUUGGGACGUGCCAGGUUCUUAUUACGGUCCUGGACAUAAAUGACAACGCACCUGAAUUUGUUCAGAUGCUUUAUGAGGUGCAAGUCCCAGAGAAUAGCCCUAUAGGCUCCUCUAUCUUAACUGUCUCCGCUAGAGACUUAGAUGCUGGGACAUAUGGAGAGCUCGCCUACUCAUUUUUUCAAUUGUCAAAUCAAGUUAUUCAGGCUUUUGAGCUAGAUGCAUUCACGGGAGAAAUUCGCCUGAAAAAAAAAUUAGAUUUUGAGGAAAUCCGAGCAUACCACAUGGAAAUAGAGGCCUUAGACGGUGGGGGACUUUCAGGAAAAUGCACGGUAGCCAUAAAAGUCACAGACGUAAAUGACAAUGCCCCCCAACUGACAAUGUCUUCACUCAUCAAUGCUAUCCCAGAAAAUUCCCCGGAUACGGUGGUCGCUAUUUUUGGAAUUUCAGAUCCAGACUCCGGGGACAAUGGCAAAAUAAUGUGUUCUAUCCAAGGCAAUCUCCCAUUCCUUCUGAAACGUACCGUAGAGAAUUUCUACACGUUAGUCACGGAGGGACCUCUGGACAGAGAGAAGCAGGCUGAGUACACCAUCGUGAUCACGGUGAGCGACCUGGGCAGCCCGCGGCUGCAGAGCCAGCACCAGGUGACUGUGCGCGUGUCCGACGUGAACGACAACGCCCCCGCCUUCAGCCAGCGCGCCUACACCCUGCGCGUGCGCGAGAACAACAGCCCCGGGCUGGCGCUGGGCAGCGUGCGCGCCUGGGACGCGGACGAGGGCGCCAACGCGCAGCUCAGCUACUCGCUGCUGUCAUCGCCUUCGGCCUCGCCAUCGCCCUCGCCCUCGGCCCCGGCCCCGGCCCCGGCCUCGGCCCCGGCCUCGUCCGGCCGCCCGCAGCAGCCGGCCCCGGGCGCGCUGGUGUCCAUCGACGCCGACAGCGGGCAGCUGUUCGCGCUGCGCGCCCUGGACUUCGAGGCGCUGCAGGCCUUCGAGUUCCUGGUGGGCGCCACGGACCGCGGGUCGCCGGCGCUGAGCAGCCAGGCGCGGGUGCGCGUGCUGGUGCUGGACGCCAACGACAACGCGCCCUUCGUGCUGCACCCGCUGCAGAACGGCUCCACGCCCUGCACCGAGCUGCUGCCGCGCGCGGCCGGCGCGGGCUACCUGGUGAGCAAGGUGGUGGCGGUGGACGGCGACGCGGGCCAGAACGCCUGGCUGUCGUUCCAGCUGCUCAAGGCCACGGAGCCCGGGCUGUUCGGCGUGUGGGCGCACAGCGGCGAGGUGCGCACGGCGCGGGCGCUGAGCGAGCGCGACGCGCCGCGACACCGGCUGGUGGUGCUGGUGCGGGACAAUGGCGACCCGCCGCUGUCGGCCAGCGUCACGCUGCACGUGCUGCUGGUCGAUGGCUUCUCGCAGCCCUACCUGCCGCUGCCCGCCGCGCCCGACGCCGCCGCCGCCGCCGCCGCGGGUGCCGCCGCCGCCGGAGCGCGGCCCGAGCGCCUGACCGUCUACCUGGUGGUGGCCUUGGCCGCAGUGUCGUCGCUCUUCCUGUGCUCGCUGCUGGCCUUCGUGGCCGCGCGCCUGUGCCGGCGGGCCGGGCAGGCUGAGGCGGUGGCGGCGGGGGCGCUGGCGGGGCCCGAGGGACACUUUCCGGGACACCUGCUGGACGCGGGCGGCGCGGGGACCCUGUCGCACAGCUACCAGUAUGAGGUGUGUCUCGCGGGGGGCACAGGGACUAAUGAGUUUAAAUUCCUGAAGCCUAUUUUGCCAUAUUUCCAGGGCCAUACUCCAGGGCCAGAAAUACAAGAAAACUAACGUUAGUAGUGACCUCAAUUUCAGUCUCCAGUGAUUACACAGGAAACCCUUUCCCACUCAUUUGUUAUACCUGGCUUAGAAAAGCCAGAACCAGCCUGUUUUGUAAGAGUGCAGUUUACGUUUUAUUUUAAGACUCUGAAAAAAUAAGUUGAUUUUGCACCAGUCCUCAGCGAGGCAGCGCACAUGAAACUGAGGCAGUGGUACCAAACUUCCUCCCUGGAAAGUACUUUCAUUGGUCUUUGUUUCUGUAUCAUCCUGAAUGACUGUAUGGUAAUGCUGUUCUAGGUUUUUUUCCCUGGUGCUUGGUGUGACUUAAUAGGGCAUUUUGAUGUCGGAACAACAAUAGUUUUUCAUACAAAAUAGUGGUAAUUAUUUUCAUGUCAUUUUGGCUUGGGAGAUUAUUCAUUUGUGUUAUACUUUUGGGUUAGAACAAUUUUUUUUUAAGUUCUAAAUAUUUAAAACUGAAAAGUUCUAGGUUAUGGUGUUUCUGGAAACUGAUGAUUUUUAAAAAUUAAACUAAUCUUACUUGCAGAA